AAGUUGUAUUAUCUCAGGGAAGCAGUAGCCUAUUGUGGGUUUCUUGGAGCAGCAAGACAAACCAAUAAUGAGCAGAUGAUACCAGUUAAACAGUGCCUCGCAGACAACAUCGUCACAGUGGCAACAACCUCGCAAGCAACAUCAAAGAGCAGGGGACUUUGUGUUCCUGAGUCAGUGGGAAACAUGCCCAGUGUCUCAGCUGCCAAAGUGGCUGCAGUUUCUAAAUAGAUCUCUAUAGAUCUUGGAACCAUGUCUGUUAGUGCAACAGAGAAUGAUCCUCCUAGAUUCUUUGUGGGUGGAGAAGAUGGAGAAGAAUUACUGGAUUCAGCCAGAUCUACAGAUUAUGAACACUUCUAUGACCAUGAGGAAGAAGAAGAGGAAGAGUAUGACUCUCCACCAGAAAGACAAAUUGCAGUUGGGAUUUGUUCAAUGGCUAAGAAAUCUAAGUCCAAACCAAUGAAAGAAAUUCUUGAACGCCUCUCCAUGUUUAAGUACAUAACUGUGGUAAUAUUUGAAGAGGAUGUUAUUUUGAAUGAGCCAGUAGAAAACUGGCCUUUAUGUGACUGUCUCAUUUCUUUUCAUUCUAAAGGAUUUCCACUGGACAAAGCAGUUGCCUAUGCAAAACUCAGGAAUCCAUUCAUAAUAAAUGAUUUGAAUAUGCAGUAUCACAUACAAGACAGGAGAGAAGUAUACAGUAUUCUUAAAGCUGAAGGCAUUUUACUUCCUCGCUAUGCAGUUCUAAACCGUGAUCCAAACAAUCCCCAGGAAUGCAGCUUAAUUGAAGGAGAAGAUCAUGUGGAAGUGAAUGGAGAAAUUUUCCAAAAGCCUUUUGUAGAAAAGCCAGUUAGUGCUGAGGACCACAAUGUUUACAUUUAUUAUCCAACAUCUGCUGGAGGUGGAAGCCAGAGGCUCUUUCGAAAGAUUGGCAGCAGAAGCAGUGUUUAUUCCCCUGAAAGCAGCGUGAGAAAAACAGGCUCCUAUAUUUAUGAGGAAUUCAUGCCUACAGAUGGUACUGAUGUGAAGGUGUACACAGUAGGUCCAGACUAUGCUCAUGCUGAAGCCCGGAAGUCUCCAGCUCUGGAUGGCAAGGUAGAACGAGAUAGUGAAGGAAAAGAAGUGAGGUAUCCAGUCAUCCUGAAUGCAAGAGAGAAAUUAAUUGCUUGGAAAGUAUGCCUUGCCUUUAAACAAACAGUUUGUGGCUUUGAUUUGCUGCGUGCUAAUGGACAAUCCUAUGUCUGUGAUGUGAACGGCUUCAGUUUUGUGAAAAACUCCAUGAAAUAUUAUGAUGACUGUGCUAAGAUACUGGGAAAUAUCAUAAUGAGAGAACUUGCUCCCCAGUUUCAGAUACCAUGGUCAAUUCCUUUGGAAGCUGAAGACAUCCCUAUUGUGCCAACCACCUCUGGAACAAUGAUGGAGCUUAGAUGUGUUAUAGCUGUAAUACGCCAUGGGGACCGAACACCAAAACAAAAAAUGAAAAUGGAAGUAAAACAUCAGAAGUUUUUUGAUCUCUUUGAAAAAUGUGAUGGAUAUAAAUCUGGAAAACUAAAACUGAAAAAACCAAAACAGUUGCAGGAAGUGCUUGAUAUAGCAAGGCAACUCCUUGUAGAACUUGGGCAAAACAAUGAUUCUGAGAUUGAAGAAAGUAAAGCAAAACUUGAACAGCUAAAGACAGUGUUAGAAAUGUAUGGACAUUUUUCAGGCAUAAAUCGCAAAGUACAGUUAACAUACCUUCCUCAUGGUUGCCCAAAGACUUCUAGUGAAGAGGAAGAUAAUAGAAGAAAUGAACCAUCCCUGCUUCUAGUGCUAAAAUGGGGAGGAGAAUUGACCCCUGCAGGCAGGGUUCAAGCAGAGGAGCUUGGAAGGGCUUUCAGGUGUAUGUAUCCAGGUGGACAAGGAGAUUAUGCUGGAUUUCCUGGAUGUGGUUUACUUAGAUUACAUAGCACUUACCGACAUGAUCUCAAAAUCUAUGCUUCUGAUGAGGGACGAGUUCAGAUGACUGCAGCGGCUUUUGCAAAGGGACUACUGGCCUUAGAGGGUGAGCUGACUCCUAUCCUUGUUCAGAUGGUAAAAAGUGCUAAUAUGAAUGGUCUGUUGGACAGCGACAGUGAUUCUUUAAGCAGCUGUCAGCAUCGUGUUAAAGCAAGACUCCAUGAAAUUCUCCAGAGAGACAGAGAAUUUACUGCUGAUGACUACGAUAAGCUUACUCCAUCUGGAAGCAUCUCAUUGAUAAAAUCAAUGCAGGUUAUUAAAAAUCCUGUAAAGACAUGUGACAAGGUCUAUUCCUUGAUCCAGAGCUUGACUUCUCAGAUCAGGCAAAGAAUGGAAGAUCCAAAGUCUGCAGAUAUUCAGCUGUACCACAGUGAAACACUAGAACUGAUGUUGCGCAGGUGGGCUAAGCUGGAAAAAGACUUUAAAACAAAAAAUGGAAGAUAUGAUAUUAGCAAAAUUCCUGAUAUUUAUGACUGUAUAAAAUAUGAUGUGCAGCACAAUGGCUCCUUAAAAUUAGAAAACACAAUGGAAUUAUACAGGCUUUCGAAGGCUUUAGCUGACAUUGUGAUCCCUCAGGAGUAUGGUAUUUCUAAGGCUGAGAAAUUAGAGAUUGCCAAAGGUUACUGCACUCCUCUAGUUAGAAAAAUCCGUUCUGACCUUCAGAGAACUCAAGAUGAUGAUACUGUAAAUAAGCUUCAUCCUCUUUACUCCAGGGGUGUUAUGUCCCCUGAACGCCAUGUUCGUACACGGCUGUAUUUCACCAGUGAGAGUCAUGUCCACUCCCUGUUAUCCACCCUUCGUUAUGGUGCCUUAUGUGAUGAAUCAAAAGAUGAACAAUGGAAACGAGCUAUGGAUUACUUAAAUGUUGUCAAUGAACUCAAUUACAUGACACAAAUUGUUAUCAUGCUUUAUGAAGAUCCAAACAAGGAACUUUCUUCGGAAGAACGUUUUCAUGUAGAGCUGCACUUCAGUCCAGGAGCCAAAGGCUGUGAGGAAGAUAAAAAUUUACCAGCUGGAUAUGGAUACAGACCUGCUUCCAGAGAGAAUGAAGGCUCGAAGAAAACCUCUCAUAGAAAUGAUAGUGAUGAGGAGGCACAUACUUCUAAAAGAGAUGAAACAGACCGGUCAGUAAUGAUGUUCAAGCCAAUGGUAUCGGACCCAAUUCACAUACACAGAAAGUCACCCCUUCCAAGAUCCAGGAAGAUUGGUUCUGUUGAAGAAGAGAGCCCCCUGAGUGUGUCUAGCCCAGAGUGUAUUGGUACCUGGCUGCAUUACACCAGUGGUGUGGGUACUGGGCGUCGAAGACGCAGAUCAGGGGAACAAAUCACUUCUUCCCCUGUCUCCCCUAAAUCAUUGGCUUUCACAUCCAGUAUUUUUGGCUCAUGGCAACAGGUCCUAUCAGAAAGCAAUAGUAACUUACGUACACCAAGAACUAUUCUGGAACAAAAGCAGAGUGGUCUAGGGUCUCACUGUGCGGGCCUGUUUAGCACCUCAGUGCUCGGGGGUUCUUCAAGUGCACCUAACCUACAGGAUUAUGCUCGUACUCAUCGUAAAAAGCUGACUCCUGGCUUCAUAGAUGACACCACACGCGGUUCUGCUGUUAAAAGGUUUUCUAUCUCAUUUGCUCGACACCCAACCAAUGGUUUUGAACUAUAUUCCAUGGUGCCUUCUAUCUGCCCUUUGGAAACUCUACACAACUCCUUGUCUCUGAAGCAGGUGGAUGAAUUUCUUGCCUCUGUUGCUGCUCCAUCAAGGGAGAAUCUACAGGAGACAUCUUCUCCAACUUAUGUGAUUCCACUGUCAGGAAGAAAAGUUUCUUUAAAUACAUAUACCCCUGCAAAAAUUCAGCCAACACCACUUGAAACUUUGCCUGAAAGGAUAGCAAUAGAGAAACCAUCCUUAU